UUUUGCAAUGACGAUUGUAUUCUGCGAUAUGACGAGGAUUCUCCACUAAGAUCCUCGACUGCCGUUCCGAUUUUAGAGUCUGGUUGGCGCUUGAAAUAUAUAUAUAUGUAUAUAUAUACUUGCAUGUAGAACUAUAUCUUCCUAGAAUCAAUAAUUUGACUCUGUUAUACCUUCAUAGUGAUUAGAAGGAAAGCGUGUCUAUUUCUAGAAACCGAUAACCUGGAAAUCUCACUAUGUAAAUUGUAGGCAGACAACUAUGAUGUUUCUGUAAUAUAAUAGCUCACCAUGGGCGAGAGGCACUUUGUGUGGGAUGAAAUUUCAGAAGGAUUGAUUCUGUCAAGUGCGACAAAGGCGGAGGACGAGCAAGCCAGGCGACGAAAGAAACUAGUCACCGUCGUCCAGACGUCGGAAAUUUAUUGCCCGCAUGCUUAUUUGAUUUUGUCCUAUCGGGAAGCAUUAAAUGACAGCGAAAGGAUCAAAUUCCGAAAGCAUUAUCUGAGAAAAGUGACGCCGGAUGAGCCGGACAUCAUCAUCCUGCAGGAUAUCAAGGACCUCGUGCUCUUCCUCCUCGUGACGUCGGUCAGUCCGCAGUUCAUAAACUUCCUCCACUUGCCGGUCGCGGACCGAUUUCUGAGGGCGCUGAUCGUCUACUUUCAACGCUACGUGGAGAUAUGGGAGGACCUGGUGCAGGAGCGGGCGGCCACCAUGAGGAAGGCGCCGAAUCCGCUGGCGCGUGGACACAGGUCCCGAUACGCCGACGAGAUGCACACCCUACGUUGUGUUCUGGGUAGGGAGUAUGCGGAUCUGUUGCUAGGCUGCCGGGAUGGGCCCCGGUACCACCACAUGAUGACCGGCGAAAGACGUGCGGCCACGCAGUCGCAGGGCGAGAAAGACCUGCGGAUCUACGAGGCGUUGAUAAGCGUAGCUCAUCGGAUCGUGUGGAUAGCGUUGCGACGAAAACACUACACCCUGAUCGAGCUAGAGCUGCAUAGAUUACUCCGAACCGAGGCAUACAACACCGCGCAAAGGCAAAGCGGCAGCCGCCUCGUUCAGGAUAUGCUCGAGGACGAUAUUUGUAUAUUACACGGGCGCGAGACGCCGUUGAAAAGCCGGAAAUUACUGAGAAAUUCCCCCUUGCCUCGCGAGCUGAUGUACGCGGAUUGCGACUAUCGUCUUUUAUCGUUAGGGGUAGCAGAUAUCGACCUGUAUCAUCCAAAAAUCGCUUAUCUGAAGAACGCCCUUCUUGUCGACGAGGAGAUGUUAUCUCAGUUGAAGAUCAAAGUAGGCAUACUGGGUGACAAUCGUUCGGAUUACGAUAUUAUGUUAAUGCCGUACGAAUCGGAGGAACCGGCGGAACCUACGGAGCUUGGUUUGCUCGACAAAAAGUCGUUGGACACGCGAAGGAGCAUCUUCGUAUCUAGAGUCUUGGAACAAAUCGAGGAGAUCGAGAGCUUGUCCGAGGAAGUAAUCGAGGAAUUUCCAGUGAGGGAGAUUCAGGAGUCGAGCGAGAGAUACGACAGGAUUCGAGAGAAGGCCCGGAUAAAGUGGAUCCUUCGAGAAAUAAAACGCGAACGCAAAGCGGCCGACACUUAUUCUAUAGCGACAACUUUGGAUUGAAUAUCGGGAGAAUUUUAUACAGAACUAAAGUGGCAAUUAUACAGGGUGAAGAAAAAUAUGGAAACCCUGAAAAAUCUCAAAAAUAUAAGUUUAAGACAAAAAUGUUUCAGACAAAAGUUGUUCAAGAUAAUGGGGGUCAUCUAUCUGUGUAACUAGCUUUGACCUUGAGACUACUUUUCAAGGUUAUUUGAAGGUCAGAGUGGUUUUUUAAAAUGGGAAUUCCUAUUUUUUAUUACAUAUUCUUAUAGCUUACCUCGAGAGCUUUCCAAAACGCUAUAAUAAAGUAU